AACGACUAGUGAGGAGGAACUCGCUCUAGUUCUGCGAGUCCGCUCCAAGUUUGUGACCUGGAAUAAACGAGACACUUCUAAAAAUUGCAGAGUCGAGAGGAGCCUUAAACCGUCUUGAGAAAGGGGAAGAGCAGAUUUAAAGACGUACAUUCCCCAAAGACAGCGCCAUGAGUCGCAGCAUUGUGCGCCAGAGUAAGUUCCGGCAUGUUUUUGGGCAAGCAGUGAAAGCAGAUCAAAGUUUUGAUGAUAUCCGGGUUUCCAAAGUGACAUGGGACAGUUCCUUCUGUGCAGUUAACCCAAAGUUUCUGGCAGUUAUAGUGGAGUCCAGUGGAGGCGGGGCCUUUCUGGUUCUGCCUCUCUCACAGGUGGGUCGAGUGGACAAAAACUACCCUCUAGUGGUUGGACACUCAGGGCCUGUUCUGGACAUUGACUGGUGUCCUCACAAUGACAACAUACUGGCCAGCUGCUCUGAAGACACCACUGCCAUGGUAUGGCAGAUCCCUGACCACACUCCCUCUCGUCCCAUCAGUGAGCCCAUUGUGGUGCUGGAGGGUCACUCUAAACGUGUGGGCAUCAUCAAAUGGCACCCCACUGCUCGCAACAUACUCCUCACUGCAGGCAGUGAUAAUCUGAUCAUCAUCUGGAAUGUGGGCACUGGAGAACCCUUGAUGACAAUGGAUGACCAUCCUGAUCUCAUCUAUAACGUCAGCUGGAACUACAACGGUAGCCUGUUUUGCACUACCUGCAAGGACCGUCGCCUUCGAGUGUGUGAUGCCCGGAAAAACGAGGUGGUGGCGGAAAGACUGUCUCCACAUGAGGGCAUCCGGCCAAUGAGAGCCAUUUUUACCAAAGAGGGCAACAUUUUCACCACAGGUUUCACCCGGAUGAGCCAGAGAGAGCUUGGCCUGUGGGAUCCGACUAAUUUUGAAGAGCCCAUAGCAUUGUUGGAAUUGGACACAAGUAAUGGAGUUUUAUUGCCUUUUUAUGAUCCAGACACUAACAUCAUGUAUCUUAGCGGCAAGGGUGACAGCAGUAUUCGAUAUUUUGAGAUCACAGAGGAGCCUCCCUAUGUGCAUUACAUCAGCACAUUCAGUAGCAAGGAGCCACAGAGAGGAAUGGGCUUCAUGCCCAAGAGAGGAGUGGACGUCAGCAAGUGUGAGAUUGCCAGAUUAUAUAAACUCCAUGAAAGAAAGUGUGAGCCUAUUAUGAUGACAGUACCCAGAAAGUCGGACCUGUUCCAGGAUGAUCUGUACCCAGACACAGCAGGCCCAGAGCCAGCUCUGGAACCUGAAGAAUGGAUGGACGGACGAGACGCAGACCCCAUAUUAGUGUCAAUGAGGGAUGGCUAUAUUCCUCCAAAGAGUAGAGAGCUAAAGGUGGCCAAGAAGAAUGUUCUAGACACCAGACCUGCGACACGUAGAAGCAUGUCUGUCGUAGAUGGAAGUAGUUUGCCCCCUCAGUUGUUGGAGAAGCUUGUUGAGGAGAUCCAAAAUCUGAAGGCCACAGUUCUCUCUCAGGAGAAACGAAUCUGUGACUUAGAGAAUAAACUCUCUAAGUACACUAAUGGCACAGUCUGAAUAAAGCUAACUCAUCCUAUGCACUCUGCCCAAUUCACUGCUAACCCCUCACAACUAAAGUAUGAGCACAGAUAGGCCAAGCCACCUCAACUCACACCAGCUAUUAUCAACACCGUAACUCCGGUUCAACUGGCUGUACCGCCAAUUGACUUCACAGGCUUUUUCUAAAUGUGAAUAAAUCAUACAGUAGUUCCAUUUUGGAGAAUUAGGAGAUUUAAUUUGGCAAAGGCACUUAUAAUGCUCGUCCUGAUGCUUUGUAGAAAAAUUGUUAAUAUUGUGUAGUAGUACACAAUAUUAGCUGUAUUCCUUAAAUGCUUAAGGAAUCAUAUCAGGAAGAAUUUAUGUCAGCUAUUCAAAAGGUAGGCAAAACCACCUUCAUUUUAGGAUUUACAAAUCCUUUAAUGUACUUACUGCUUUUUAACCUUAAAUGCUGUCAAAUAAUGGCAGAAGAAAUGUAGCUGCAGCUUUCUGUAGUGGUUAACAGUCUUUGGUAGUCUCUUUGGUAGUCUCUGUGUGAAUAUACCUCAUUGUAAAGACCAGGACUUGGGAUCAGAUGGUAGCAUAUGUAGCCCUUAUUUGGUCAGCUCUGGACAAGCAACAUGUAUGGCAUGACUAUGAUAUGUCAGGACAGUAGUGAGCUCAGUAAUGCCGCCAAUACACUACACAAUUUUCAUCGGAUUGCUGUUCUUUUCACACUACACUAACUUUUUUGGGUAUCACGAAGUUGCUGUGGUUUACACAUAACAACGGAUCGGGGACUGUGGGUCACACAUCACACAGUUUCACUAGGAAGAAUCCACAACAAAAAAGAUGACUUCUCGGUAUUUCCCUUGCGUUAUAUCUUGUUCUCUUAUUGGCUGUAAGUCGUCGCCAAUGUGAUUUCCAGUCAAAACACAUUUCACUCUGCAAGACUGAGUUGCAGAGUGAAAUGUGUUUUAGCCUGCUAAUUACUUCUCGGGUAUCAGUGUUUUUCUCAGAUUGUUUCUCAGAUUGUCUCCACUAUAUAUGAUCUCACACUAUAUGAUAGUCACUCACAUGAAAGAGCACCGAUUUGCCUCAGAUUUAAGGCUGAUCUCCAGAAAAACCAGGCCUAAAAUGUAGUGUAGUGUAGUGCAUACCUGGCUUGAGAGUUCUGCACAUCACUUCAUGCCAUUUUAUCAUAAAGGAACAGUUCACCCAAAAAUGAUAUACUCUUGAUAAACUAAUCCUCAUAUUGUUAAACUAUUACGUUUAUUUUUCAGUAGAUAUGAAAGUUGUUGCUAAAUGUCCAAGCUGCUCUUUUCCAUACAAUGAAUGGUGAGUGAUUACUCGGGCUGUGGAGCUCCAAAAAUGACAAAAAAAAGCACAAAAAAGUGCACUCGUGCACUAUAUUCCAAAUGUUCUGAAGACUUAGGAUAACUGUGGGGAACAAGCACAAGAUGCAUCGUGCCAUCAGCGACAUGAAAGAUUAUUAGUUCUUGCAAAACUAUUUAAAAAAAAUCUUUAAAUCAAAACAUGCACAUAUAUUUGAGAUCUACAGCAGAAGGAAUUAAAAAUAACUGCUUUUAGUCUGUUCUUCAUAUAAAACUAUAUAUAGACCACAUAGCUUCAGAAGACUUUGCAUAUGGUGUAUGCGUGUAUUGGUGUGUGUAUUAGUAUUAUACUGUUUUUUUUGUAGUUUUUUUCCUUCACAUUUUUGAAACUUGAAGCUUGACAGCAUCAAUACACACUUUCAUUGCAUGAAAAAAAACAGCCUGAACAUUCUAGAUAAGAUUAAAAGAAACGUAGAUAAAUGAGAACAUGAUUUUCAUCUUUGGGUGAACAGUUCCUUAAGGCAGAUGCAGGUAGCUCCUGGAAAUCUUUAUAUAAAGAUAUCAAAUGUUAAUCUAAUGAUUUAACAUAAAAAGCAAAAGGAUGUUUGCAUAGACAACAUGUCUCUACUUGUCCCUCUUUGUAAGAGUGCUUGCAUUAUUGACUCUUAAAUUGCUACUAAUCUCUCAUUUUACACACCUCUGCAUUUCCAGCUUUGACCAACACAAUUAAAACUCAUGUAGCUUCUGUUUAACAUUUCAAAGUGUAAAUAUAAAAAAAAAACAUGAAAAAGCAAAAUAUCAAAACCAAAGACAUUGUUUUGUGUUUAUGUAGAGGAUAAAUCGUGAGUAUUAUGGUUUGAAUAAAACUCUUUUUGUACAAAAAAAAAUGUUGCCAUUGUUGUAUACAGUCACUUGCUCAUAAAAAUGCAUGGACACACAUGACACAUUCACCAUGGUUAAUUACUCACUCUGCGACUUAUUUAUUUCUAGGCAC